AUGCAUCCAAUUAUGUUGAACUAUGUGGAUUCCUUUUGUGUAAAUAAGAAUGAAGAUGAAAAUGAUGAUGAUGAUGAUGAUGAUGAUGAUGAUGGGCACGCUGAUGACUUGACUCUGAUUCUAAUGAAACACAGUCCCUCCGGCGGCCAGAGACGCACAGCGCGGCGCGCUUCAUCGCCACGCCGCCGCGCAGCCCCUCCAUCUUCCUGCUCAGCUUGGGCCCCGCUGGCUCUGGCCCUGGGGGUCCCGCUACUCCAGCGACUCACGCCCGCCCCCACCCCCGGCGUUCCGCUGCUCGGCUGCCCGGGUUCCCCCUCCCCCGCCACACAAGCUCACACGCGCCCGAGCACACACACACACAUACACGCGCACGCACGCACACACACACAUACACACACACUCACUGACACGCCAGCGAGCUGCUGGCCGCUCAAUGGACCGAUUUCCCUGGUUUCCCUGAUCCCAGCCCUGCACGGGAUGAGAAAUUGCAAAAUGGCCCGGGUCGCCAGUGUGCUGGGGCUGGUCAUGCUCAGCGUCGCCCUCCUGAUUUUAUCGCUCAUCAGCUACGUGUCCCUGAAAAAGGAGAACAUCUUCACCACUCCCAAGUACGCCAGCCCAGGGGCGCCCCGAAUGUACAUGUUCCACGCGGGAUUCCGGUCACAGUUUGCGCUGAAGUUUCUAGACCCGUCCUUUGUGCCCAUUACGAAUUCUCUCACCCAGGAACUCCAAGAGAAACCUUCUAAGUGGACCUUUAAUCGGACAGCGUUUUUACAUCAAAGGCAAGAAAUUCUGCAGCAUGUCGAUGUAAUAAAAAAUUUUUCUUUGACCAAGAAUAGUGUUCGGAUCGGACAACUGAUGCACUAUGAUUAUUCCAGCCAUAAAUAUGUUUUCUCUAUUAGCAAUAACUUCCGGUCACUGCUUCCAGAUGUGUCACCCAUUCUGAAUAAGCAUUAUAAUAUUUGUGCUGUGGUUGGAAAUAGUGGGAUCCUGACAGGGAGCCAGUGUGGACAAGAAAUAGAUAAAUCAGAUUUUGUUUUUCGUUGCAAUUUCGCCCCUACGGAGGCUUUCCAGAGAGAUGUUGGAAGGAAAACCAACCUUACCACCUUCAACCCCAGCAUCCUGGAAAAAUAUUACAACAAUCUUUUGACCAUACAGGACCGUAACAACUUUUUCCUCAGCUUAAAAAAGCUUGAUGGGGCCAUUCUUUGGAUCCCUGCGUUUUUCUUCCACACUUCAGCAACUGUUACCAGAACGUUAGUUGACUUUUUUGUUGAACACAGAGGUCAGUUAAAGGUCCAAUUGGCUUGGCCUGGAAAUAUAAUGCAGCAUGUCAACAGGUACUGGAAAAACAAACACUUGUCGCCCAAACGAUUGAGCACAGGUAUUCUUAUGUACACCCUUGCGUCAGCCAUAUGUGAAGAGAUCCACUUGUAUGGAUUUUGGCCUUUUGGAUUUGACCCCAACACAAGGGAAGAUCUUCCGUACCAUUACUAUGACAAAAAAGGAACCAAAUUUACCACCAAGUGGCAGGAGUCCCACCAGCUGCCUGCUGAGUUUCAGCUGCUAUAUCGAAUGCAUGGGGAAGGGCUCACCAAGCUGACUCUGUCACACUGUGCCUAAGAACUCGGAAUGGAAAGUGCCAAACGGCUGUUUAAAAAGUGCCCCAAAUCAAAUUGAAUAGUCUUCAGAGUAGAACCCCAGAGACUUACAAGGCUCGGUCUGCCACUUAAAAGGAAAGAUGUCUGCUCCCCCUUUUGCAUUGCUCUUUGAAUGGUCUUAGCAGACUUGGCAGGACAGAUGCAUUGAAGCCACAUAAUUUAAGCUCAGUUGAUAAAGGGAAUGUUGCAUUUGGAAGUAUGCUGCUAACAGAAUGGUUUGAAGUAUUUUCAUGUUUGUAUUUUAAUAAUAAACUGCCUCCCUUGUUGAUGAGGACUAGAGCUAUAGUUUCUGCAGCUCUGCUCAGAUACAGUCCUUGUAAUCAGAGGCCUCAGGCCAAUUGGGGCAGAAUCUGUUUUGCUGGUGGGAUCAGACUCUUCAAAAUGGAAACAAAAAAUUGGUUUGCAUAUCUCCCUCUCUGGCUCCCUUCCCCUCCCCCUCUCUCCCUGUUGCUCCCCCACCCCCUGUCAUGUCUCUCCCUCUCCCUGAAACCAUUCCCCUGCCCCACAACCACGGAGUUUAAUAAUUUGCUAGGAAUCCUAUUGAAUUAGCUUUGCUUGUGUGUGUUGCAUCUGUACUUGAUGUGUUCAAGGUUCUGGGUAACUUUGAUGUUUCAUGACAAACCGAGAAAAAUCAUGAUGAAUCCCCUCAUGACUAUUUUUAUAAGAAAUGCAUCUAAUGAAGUCCUCACUCAUCCAUAUGGUCCUUCUGCAGCAGGGUGGUCUCUCUGGGGUGAGUGGCAUAUAAUGCAGGUCAUCUUUCACUAUCACAAAGAAAGCCUAUGGCGUGGGUGGCAUUGCAUCUCUUGACAUGGAUGUGAUUAUGGCAGAUAAUAACAAUGUUGCCACAUCUGCAAGGGCAUUGCAGCCUAGGCCUGGUGUUUCCCAUAGUCCCAAACCAUCUUCUCAGCCUACAGAGGCAAUUGAGUCAGUUGAAGAGCCUGGGACACUGAAGGAAGAAAAAGACUGUUUAGAUGUUGCUAUGUUGUCCUGUCUACACUAUGCUGGGGUGACCAUGUUGUACAUCUGGAGACUUUGAGAACCAGCAGGGCUAGAGAGGAAGGCUGAAGGUCAGCCAGGCCACCCCCUGUGGAUAAUGGUAAGGUGAGAGCAUUUCAGGGUCCUGCUGUUUGUUUGUUUUGAGACACUUGUAGACACUGAAUAUUCCCUAGUUCCCCUGAAAUCAGAUCUAUAUGCCUAUAAGUUAAGUAUUUCAAAAGAGAAAGCCAUUGUGCAGUGGCAAGUCUUAGUACUAAAUAGUCCUUGGAAUUUGAGAUUAUGUAGGCUUGCCAUGGAGGAAUUAGUUGGCCAUUCUCCUUUUCAUUAUUUCAGCCUUAGGAGUAGAAAUUGUAUCACCCCCACCCCUGACUUCUUACUGAGCAGCACUUUGUUCUUCCAGUUCAGCCCAAAGUCUGGCCAAGUUGAUGUUAAAUUUUAAUAAGUUUCUUUCCAAAUGCCAGUCAAGCACAUUUGUUAUAUGUUUGAGUGGGAGAGUUUAUUCUUUUCCAGAAAUCUCAUCUAGAUUGCUUGCAAUAUCACAAAUACCAUGAAAAAUAAUUGCUGUAUUCAGUUGUCAGUUCACUGCCCCUCUUUGGGAAAGUAAGAUCAUGCCUAAAAUUAAGCCAAAUACAAUAAGGAAAGACAUGAUCCUUAUGUUCAUGUUCUGCGUGGUCCUAAAGCUUCAGGGAGCUAUUCAGAGCAGCUGGAUAGAUCCAGAGGUUAAAGAAAGAAAGUGAAAGAAAAACAUUCAGGUUCAAACACGGUACCUACUGUGACAUGACUUAUCAUGUAUGGCCGUCAUCUACAUAAAUGGGAAGAAGUAGGAAUAGAAGUUUUGAAACAGGAAACUAAAACAAUUCCAUAUAUGAAGAAACUAUGAGGGAAGAUAUUUAAAACAUUCUGAAGUUCAGUGGUAUGUUCCCUGUCACUUUAAAGAAGACAAUCCUGCUGUUCUCAGGCUGCGCUGGGUUAGAAUCACGGAGAGAUUGAUAACUGACAGAAAUGCGUAGUUGGCUGUUCCUGAGCACUUAGUUCAGUUGGUUACAGCUGAGUGAUUUAAUGCCCAUAUUCCUCGCGCCAGGUUCUGACUCUGGAGUUUCAAUCCCAAUGUACCUAUUAGUUUUUACUAAAUAUAAAUACAUAGACAUUUUGAACCAUGCAGAUUGAAGGAACAAAAAAAACCCAGGAUCCCUAAAAACAGUUCAUUGUUCCAAGGCAGACUAUUUAAAUUUUAUUUCAUCUCAAUUUAAAGCUUUGUUUGUUUUUUAAGUUCUGAGAGGUUUGUUGUUGUUGUUUAAUCUCACUGAAUGCUUUUUCCAUCUUAGGAGUGACAGGACCUUCUCCUUCCCCCACCAUCAUUUCAGCUGUAUUUAACAGGAACUCAAAAUAGUGGGGGAAAUGGACUUAUCUCCAGAACCAGAAGGACUUAGAGGUCAUCCCUAAUUCUAGACAGGAUUUCUUGAAGGUGAUACCUAAAGACCACAUUCCCCUUUAUUAAGACAAAUCUGGUGAAGAAAAUUCUAAGCCGUCCUGUUUGGUUAACCACAAUACUCAGACUUGAUAAAUUUUUUCAUUUGUAGUUCACAUUCCCCUCCUAUUCAAAAAAAUUAGAUGCAAUAUGUGGGUAAAGCAUUUAUCCCAAUUUUCAGUGCAUAGUAAGUGCUCAACAUAUAGUAGCCUUUACUAUUGUUGUAUUGUUGGUUAUGCCCUUGACCUGCAGUUCCAACACUGAGAAAAGCAGCCUCUAGUGAAUCGUACAAGAUCUCUUUGUUUUUAAAGAUUGUUUCAAAGAUUAACCUAUAUAGCCACCAUCUAAACCAAAAGACAUGGUGGCUUCUGUGUGUCCUGAUUAGAAAGGCAGCUGUCAGUAACCAGAGUUUGCUGGCUUUCCCAUAGCUCCCAGGCUUGCAGAGUCAAGUGCACUGAGUUGGGAAGAUUUACCACAGGGGCCUCUUACUUGACUCACUAUAGGUCCACACCCCUUGGCUUUUGCAUUGACCUCAUUUUGUUGGUUCUAGGGUAAGGACAUUCUUUUGUCAGCAACGUUCCCCUUUAUAGAAUAUUUAGAGCAGAGCCCACGUUCACCUACGGGAAUAAAUAUCACCAUAAGGCUC